UUCUGCAACGGGGGAGCGCGAAAGAGCCAGCGCGAGAGCGCGAGCAACAGUCCUUCCCAUAAGAAUGUUGAACUAAUUGAGGCGCACUGGGUGCUUGGAGGGAGAAUUCUGGGAGGGGAAACCCAAACAAAAAUCGUUAUAGAUCUUUUCUUCCCACGUCCCGGGUCUAGGGACAGCGGGGCGGGGGGAUGUCCAAAGGAAGAGCAACAACAAGUGGACCCCGGCAGCCCAGCGACUGACUUUGGACACCGAAAUUGGGGAGAGAAACCAGUGAAAGAAAAAGGCGAGGGGACUGCAUCUUCCAGCACGCGCGAGCCCGGGGAGGGACAGGAAGCGCCCCAAAGCAGCAGCGCGGCGCAUCUUCGUUGUUGAUAGCGAGAGCAACAGUCUGUCUUGGUGCACUCCUGGUUCGAUUCAAAGUCUCCACCGAAAAUCAUGAACUCAGAUCUGUGGAUUUUGUAUGAACCACUGAAGAAUACCUUAAGCAAUGAGAUCUCAAGUGUAAAAGGAGAUGGUCCAGGAAUAUCUCUUGAUCACAUCAAAGAACUUGUACAAACACGCCCCCUUAAUUUGUGUCAAACCUUUUGGGCAGCAAGAUAUGGAACUCUCCUCUUUGAGAAAUAUGCAGAGUGAAAAACCAGGUUAUGCUAACACGAUGGAACGAUGUUUCCAAGAUACUGUUUUCCAAACCUCAGUGGUCUUGCUGUUCCCGCGCAAAACACCCAGUAAUGACUGUUGAGAACCCAGACAUUUAUUUUCCUUCUUGAGUCUUCUAAACAAAGACAUUCAACAUGGAGGUUGCCAUGGUAAGUGCAGAAAGCUCUGGGUGCAACAGCCACAUGCCCUAUGGAUACGCAGCCCAAGCAAGAGCCAGAGAAAGGGAGCGACUAGCACAGUCCAGGGCAGCGGCAGCGGCAGCUGUGGCAGCUGCAACAGCAGCUGUAGAAACAGGGGUUUCUGGAGGAGGAGGACCUCAUCAUCACUAUCACCAGGAACAGAAUCGUGGGGCUUCCUCUUCCUCCUGCUGUGGGAACACAUCACGCGGCGGGUAUCAUCAGAGUAGCAGCAGAAGAAAGCAGAUGAGGAAAAAUCCUCACUGUCUCAGCAGCAGGGAGUUUGGCGCCUCUUUCCCUUGCUCUGAGUUGCUGCCUCUGAGUGGCUCAGAGGAGAAGAUUCUGAAGGACUUGAGUGAGGAGGAGGAGGAGGAGGAGGAGGAAGAAGUAGAGGAAGAGGAUGGGGAGGAUGAAGAAGAUGAGGAAAGGAGGUUCUACUGCAGUGAUGAAGAUGGCGAAGAUGAGUAUUCAUUUUCCGAUCAGCCUCCUGAGGAUGGCGUUGGGCCUGGGGGCUACACCUCAGUCCGCUACAGUGAGUACGAGUGCUGUGAACGGGUUGUAAUCAACGUGUCUGGCCUGCGGUUUGAAACUCAGCUGAAGACCUUGGCUCAGUUCCCUGAGACGCUGCUGGGCGAUCCGGCAAAGCGGGGCAGGUACUUUGACCCACUCCGGAAUGAGUAUUUCUUUGACAGGAAUCGUCCCAGCUUUGAUGCGAUUUUAUACUACUAUCAGUCCGGUGGGCGUCUGAAAAGGCCAGUCAACGUGCCCUUUGAUAUUUUCAGCGAGGAGGUGAAAUUCUAUGAACUUGGGGAAGAGGCCAUCCUGAAGUUCAGAGAGGACGAAGGGUUUGUCAAGGAAGAAGAUGAUAAAGUGUUGCCUGAAAAUGAAUUCAAGAAACAGGUGUGGCUGCUCUUUGAGUACCCUGAGAGUUCCAGCCCCGCCAGAAUCAUUGCCAUAGUCUCUGUUUUGGUCAUUUUGAUCUCCAUUGUCAUUUUCUGCCUGGAAACACUGCCAGAGUUCAGAGAUGAAAAGGAACUUUUUUUGACCUAUAACUUGGAGAAUGUAAAUGAGACACUGCAGUUGCAGAGUGGGGGGCACACAAUCUUUAAUGAUCCCUUUUUCAUUGUUGAGACCGUCUGCAUUAUUUGGUUCUCCUUUGAGUUUACAGUGCGCUUCUUUGCUUGCCCCAGUAAAGCAGCCUUCUUCAAGAACAUCAUGAACAUCAUAGACAUUGUUUCCAUUAUGCCUUAUUUCAUUACCUUGGGUACAGACAUGGCCCAGCAGCAGGGCAGUAAUGGUCAACAGGCUAUGUCUUUUGCCAUCCUGAGGAUCAUCCGUCUCGUCAGGGUGUUUCGCAUCUUCAAGCUCUCCAGACAUUCUAAGGGUUUGCAGAUCCUGGGUCACACUCUCAGGGCCAGCAUGAGGGAACUGGGGCUCCUGAUCUUCUUCCUUUUUAUUGGAGUCAUUUUGUUUUCUAGUGCUGUUUAUUUUGCAGAAGCUGAUGAAACUCAUACCAAUUUUCAAAGCAUCCCUGAUGCCUUUUGGUGGGCUGUUGUGACCAUGACUACUGUUGGUUAUGGGGACAUGAAACCCAUAACUGUUGGUGGGAAAAUUGUUGGGUCCCUCUGUGCCAUUGCAGGUGUGUUAACCAUUGCUUUACCAGUGCCAGUGAUUGUCUCCAACUUCAACUAUUUUUAUCACAGAGAGACUGAAAAUGACGAACAGACCCAGCUGACACAAAAUGCAGUCAGUUGUCCGUACCUUCCGACAAUACUCAAGAAAUUCAAAAGUUCAUCAUCUUCAUCCACAGAGGACAAAUCAGAGUAUUUGGAGAUGGAGGAAGGGGUUAAAGAGUCUCUUUGUGUAAAGGAGAAAAAGUGUCAGGUCACAGGGAAUGGGAAUGAGACAGCAAAACAGAACUGUGUAAAUGCAAAAUCUGUGGAAACAGAUGUUUAACUUUGACUGUUUCCAAACUUAUUUAUGCAUUAAAGUAUGCAUUGGUUUAAAAAAAUGAAAUAUGCAAACAGGAGUUUAAACAAGCAUAUAGAAAUAUGCCCUUUACUGGUUAAAUAGGAAUUACAAAGCAUUAGUAAACUUGUAUUGCAGAUCAAGUAAAUGAUAUACCUUAUGGAGGGGGUUUACCUGAAGUAGUUCAAAGUUUAUAUUUUUACUAGAAUGCAGGUGUUUUGCACAUGAGGGAGACAAUUUUACUUUUUAGGAGGAUGUGUUUAACUAUCCACCUCACUCACUGCCCAGUGGUAAAAGUUAGCAUUUCAAGGUAUUUACUAUGUAAGAAACAAUGAAGUUCAGUAGCCAUGUAUUCAUUUGUUAACGCUUUAAGAACAGCUACCAUAAUUCAGUGGGUUCCAUAGUCUUUGAUUUUAAAAUGCUAAAGAUUGUU